UAUUUUUAAGCCCUAACGAACAUUACCGAUGUUAACAUCUUGAAUUUUGACAAUCUGAAAAAAUUUCUGCAACAAAAUCCAGAUGGCAGGGAUGAAGGAUCGAUCCGACGCAACCCCAUAACUCCUGUGCAUGUUCCUUCAUCAUCAUCAUCUUUUGAGCACAUUCAUUGUGUGUGGUAAUCUCAAUUUCAAUUCAAAAACCUCACACACUUUCCAUCAUCACAGCCUCCUGAUGAUCAAUCCAAUUUGAUUUCACUUUUGUUCAAAUUCGAGGAGAGAUGAGGGAUGAGAGUCCCCUACCGGUAUCAACAACAACACAUUCACAUUCAUCUUCAUCCUUAAACAAAAAGGAAACCCUAGAUUCUAGCGUACAUAGAAGAGGCCGCUACAAGUUUUGGAUCCUCUCCGCCAUUCUUCUCCUCGCAUUCUGGUCAAUCUUCACCCUCCAUCUCUCCGUCGCUAAUCUCAACCGUUUAUCCCAUGAAUUCGCCGGCGCUUCUCCUCUUUACGACGAUUUCGACGUUCUUGAGAUUGAGGAGCGAGAGAAGGUGGUGAAGCAAAUGUGGGAUGUGUACACGAAUAGCCGUAGGAUUAAAUUGCCGCGGUUCUGGCAGGAGGCCUUUGUCGCUGCUUAUGAGGAGUUGACAAGCGAUGAGCCUCAAGUUAGAGAAGCUGCCGUAUCCGAGAUUGCUAAGAUGUCCUUGCAUACCAUUGAUGUUUAUCCUCCUGGUCUGCAUUCCACGAAUCUACGAGAAUUAAAUUUAAGGCGAACACAGCAGAACACAGCUGCCCUUCCAUUGCAAUAGGCUAUAACUUGAAGAAAACUGAAGAUUAUGUCCAAGAAAAUAUCACCAUUCUUUUAUACAGGUUGAAUCGACUCAUUAAAUUGCUCAUAUCAUUUUGUAGUUAGCUUAAGGUAGUGUUGAGAAGAUUACAUUAUACCACAGUUCGUAUGCGCUUUACACCAACACUUUGUAUUUAUUUUGAUUUAGGAACCAAUCUUCCAA